AUGACCGUCGUCUCGAACCGUGCACUCUCGGAUUCCGUUGCUCCAAUCUGUGAGAUCUUCCCAAGCAGCACUUCAAUCCUCUGGAAACUGGCGGUCGGCAUUCCAGUGGUCAUCGCUUUCAUCCUCGCCAUCUUCAUCGCCUACCACGCCCGUCUUGCUUGGAUCCGCCAGGAACUCAAGAUGCGUCGAGAGAAGGACCUCGAGGAGAUCAUGGAGCGGAUGGUCGACCAUUAUGACGACGAGUACGAAGUCGUUGACGAGUCGCCGCUCCCGUACUACAUGAGAAAGAAGAACGGAGGACAUUAUGCUCCACUACAACAACUAUAA